CUUUCCUCAAGCAGCCCCAUUUACUCUUCUUCUAAUCUCACUUAUUAUAAAUACUGCUCCCACUCUCUCAUUAUUCCUUACCUCCAAUCAUUUUAGCAUCCUUUAAUUUUCUUCUUCAUCUCAACUCUAUUAUCAAAACAAUACUUGCACUGACAAAGAUGGAGCACAAUCAUUUCAUCAUUAAACUCCUCACAUUUCUUUGUAUGGCGGUGGUGGCAAGCCAAGCAGCAUUAUCUCCCUCACCGGCGCAGAGUUACUGGAAUUCUGAGCUUCCAAACACUCCAAUUCCCCAAGCAAUCAAGGAUUCCCUAUCCCAAACACCUGAGUGGCUGGAGUUGAAGGGAACUGAUGUAGCAGUUGGAAAUGGCGGAGUUGGUGUUCACACCGGCAAGGGAACCACCGUCGGUGUCGGUAAAGGCGGCGUCAGCGUCCAUGCCCCUGGAAAGUCCGGCGGUCAAGGUACUAAUGUCGGCGUAGGGAAAGGCGGCGUUAGCGUCCAGGCCCCAGGAAAAUCUGGCCAAGGUACCACCAUCGGAGUCGGGAAAGGCGGCGUUAGCGUCCAUGCCCCAGGAAAAUCAGGUCAGGGGACCAAUGUCGGUGUCGGGAAAGGCGGCGUUAGCGUCCAUGCCCCAGGAAAAUCCGGUCAGGGGACCAAUGUCGGUGUCGGGAAAGGCGGUGUCAGCGUCCAUGCCCCCGGAAAAUCCGGCUCGGGGACUAACGUGGGCGUCGGAAAAGGCGGUGUCUCCGUUGGAACCGGUGGAAAACAUGGAAAACCAGUCGGAGUACACGUCGGGGCCGGCAGCCCUUUCAACUACAACUAUGCCGCAAAAGAAGACCAGCUCCACGACAACCCUAACGUCGCCCUCUUCUUCCGGCCCGCCGCCUUACAUCGAGGCAACGCCGACAUGACCUUGCACUUCACCAAAACCGCCAACGACGCCGUUUUCUUGCCCGGGACGGAAUCGGAAAAGAUCCCCUUCUCCUCCAAGAACAUCCCGGAGAUUCUCAACCGUUUCUCCGUCAACCCCGACUCCGACGAAGCUCAGGCGAUGAAGCAAACCAUCAAAGAAUGCGAAGAUCCCGCCAUCAAGGGAGAGGAGAAACAGUGCGCCACAUCACUAGAAUCCAUGAUCGAAUUCUCCAAAUCCAAGCUGGGUAGCGACAAGAAAAUCCUGGCGGUAUCAACCGAAACCCUCGCCGGAGACACAUCGUCCCUUCAGAAAUACACCAUUUCAGGCGUCGAAAAACUGAACAAGGAAGAAGGAGUUGUGGUCUGCCACAAGCAAAACUACCCAUACGCAGUGUUCUAUUGCCACAAGUCAAAGACGACAGAUGCUUUUAAGGUUUCUCUGGUCGGAGCUAAUAGAGGUCAGGUCAAGGCGGCGGCGGUUUGCCACAAAGAUACCUCCGGUUGGAACCCAAAGCAUUUGGCUUUCCAGGUGCUAAAGGUCAAGCCAGGGACGGUUCCUGUUUGCCAUUUCCUUCCAGAGGAUCACAUUGUCUGGGUUGCCAAGAACUAAAAAUCUUAAUCUUAAUUAGCUGUUUACCUUUUCCAUGCUUGUUCCAUAUAUUUAGGAGCCUGUGUCUUUCUAGAAUCAUUAGAAUGUAUCUUUACAGAUCAUAUAUGAUUCAGGGUAUACUCAUGUUUCUCUUGUUUUUCUUAGUACGUGUAAUAAUACCUCAGCUCAAAAAAUAGCGUGUAUACAAUAUAUAUGUGGUUGUUAAUAAAAGAUUCCAUGUUCGUUUUUGGUGGGUGAAACUGUACAAAUAUUUG